GGGCCUUUUUUACGUUGGACGCCUUGGACUAGGUUCAAUUAAUACAGCUCUAUUGCAACUAUUUAUGGCUGUUAAGAAGCCAGCCUCUAUCGCAUUUUAUGAGAUACUCAUCUUAGACUACAUAGUACUUUGAGUGUUGAUUGAAAUACGAUAUGGCCAGCUUCUUCGAUCUAAAGGCGCGAAAAGCAGCCGCGGCUAACGGCGCAACAACGUCCAAAGUAGAAGAGUCUAAGCAAAGCACCAGAAAGCAACCAUGGGUAGAAAAAUAUCGCCCAAAAACCUUAAGCGAUGUCACAGCUCAGGAUCAUACGGUGAACAUCCUCCAGCGGACGCUUCAAGCCUCCAAUCUUCCUCACAUGCUCUUCUAUGGCCCCCCCGGAACGGGUAAGACCUCCACGAUCCUCGCCCUCGCAAAAGAGCUGUACGGACCCGAGAUGAUAAAGUCGCGUGUCCUCGAACUCAACGCUUCCGACGAACGAGGAAUCUCCAUCGUACGAGAGAAGGUGAAGGACUUCGCACGUAUGCAAUUGACGAAUCCGCCCGCUGGAUACAAGAAACGUUACCCUUGUCCACCCUUCAAGAUCAUUAUUCUCGACGAGGCGGAUAGUAUGACUCAAGAUGCCCAGAGCGCCCUUAGACGAACGAUGGAAACGUAUAGCAAGAUCACGCGAUUCUGCCUGAUCUGCAACUACGUCACUAGAAUUAUCGAUCCCCUGGCGAGUCGAUGCAGUAAGUUCAGGUUCAAGAGCUUGGAUCAGGGCAAUGCGAAGAAACGCCUGGAGGAGAUCGCUGAUAAGGAAGGUGUCACAAUGGAAGAGGGCGCUGUUGAUGCGCUUAUUAAGUGCAGCGAAGGUGAUCUCAGAAAAGCGAUUACAUUCUUACAGAGUGCCGCGAGACUGGUUGGCGCUAUUGAGAAGGGAGAUGACGAAGGAGAUAAGAUGGACGUCGAUGACGACGUUAGGAUUGUCACUGUGAAGAUCAUAGAAGAGAUUGCCGGUGUGAUACCAGACCAGACUAUCUCUACAUUACAGAAGGCGAUGCAACCCAAAUCUGCUGGUGCGACCUAUCGGGCCAUCGCGAAGGUCGUAGAAGAGAUGGUUGCGGAUGGAUGGAGUGCUGGACAGGUCCUUUCUCAGUUAUACCAAGCUGUCAUCCAAGAUGAGAUGAUCCCUGAUAUAGCGAAGAACAAGAUAACCCUUGUCUUCUCAGAGGUGGAUAAACGAUUAGUGGAUGGCGCUGAUGAGCAUCUGUCUAUUCUAGACCUGGCUCUGAGAAUAUCAAACAUACUAGCUGGAAAGAGCCAAGCUCAAGCUUUUUAAGAAUUAUAAUGUCUAAAGACUCCCGCUUGACGGAAAUGUAAUACAGCACGUGGUGAAUGUCAUAGCAUGCGGCGUUGGGUGUACAAAACGUGGAU